AUGGCUGCCGACAAGGCCGCCCUCGCCUCCGGCGCUGACCUGGGCGACGGCUUGAGGCAGCGACAGGUAGCUUCGCAAGCCGCGCCCGUGCCCAUUGCCCAGCCUGAGGACAAGAAGAAGCUGGCAAAGAAGGAGAAAUCCGUCCUCGAAGUGUUUGCAGACUUGGAGUCCAUCCUUGCCCCGCUGAUCUUCACAGCCGUUGCCAUCUUCACUCGAUUGUGGAAGAUUGGCAUUAGCGACAUCGUCACCUGGGAUGAGGCUCAUUUUGGCAAGUUUGGAAGCUACUACAUCAAGCAUGAAUACUACUUCGACGUCCACCCUCCGCUCGGAAAGAUGCUGGUAGGCCUCUCCGGAGUCCUCGCCGGCUACAACGGAUCCUUUGAAUUCAAGUCUGGCGAGAAAUAUCCCGAAGACGUCAACUAUACAUUCAUGCGAGCCUUUAAUGCCGCCUUUGGCAUUGCUUGUAUCCCCAUGGCCUACUUUACUGCCAAGGAGCUGAAGCUGACCCGACCUGCCGUCUGGUUUGUUACCCUGAUGGUUCUCUGCGAAAACUCUUAUACCACUAUCAGCCGCUUCAUUCUCCUCGACUCCAUGCUUCUUUGCGGAACCUUUGCUACCACUCUCUGCUGGGUCAAGUUCCACAACCAGCGUCACAACAGCUUUGAGCCCGAAUGGUUCUUUUGGCUCUUCAUGACGGGCGUGAGCAUCGGAUGCGUUUGCAGUGUUAAGCUCGUCGGUCUCUUUGUCACUGCCCUGGUUGGUCUAUACACAAUUGAGGAUCUGUGGAGAAAGUAUGGUGAUAGAAAGAUGCCUAUUCCUGUCCUUGCCGCCCACUUCUCUGCUCGCGUCGUGGGUCUCAUCGUUGUCCCUUUCCUUAUCUACAUGAUCUCCUUUGCCCUGCACUUUGCCAUUCUCGACUCCACCGGCCCUGGUGAUGCCCAGAUGAGCUCCCUGUUCCAGGCCAACCUGAAGGGAACCGAAGUCGGCAAGAAUAGCCCCUUGGAGAUUGCCAUCGGAUCUCGUGCCACCAUCAAGAACAUGGGCUAUGGCGGCGGUCUUCUUCACUCUCACGUUCAGACCUACCCUGAGGGCUCUGGCCAGCAACAGGUUACUUGCUACCACCACAAGGAUGCCAACAACGACUGGUUCUUUUACCCCAACCGUUUCGAAGCCGAUUACGAUGCCGAGUCCCCAGACCUCCGAUUCAUCGGCGAUGGAUCCGUCAUUCGUCUCAUUCACGCCCAGACCGGCCGCAACUUGCACUCUCACGAGAUCGAUGCUCCCGUCACCAAGUCCCACCGCGAAGUGUCCAGCUACGGCAACCUCACUGUUGGUGACGACAAGGACCACUGGCGCAUCGAGGUGGUCCGAGACACGGCAUCCCGCGAUCGCAGCAGAAUCCGCACUCUCACGACUGCCUUCCGCCUUAAGCACACUGCGCUGGGCUGCUACCUCCGCGCUGGAAACGUCAACCUUCCUCAGUGGGGCUUCAAGCAGAUCGAGGUUACUUGCGACAAGCAAAACAACCCCCGCGACACUUACACUCACUGGAACGUUGAGGCUCAUUGGAACGAAAAGCUGCCUGCCAGCGACCCCGGUGUUUACAAGUCGCCCUUCAUCCACGAUUUCAUCCACCUCAAUGUCGCCAUGAUGACUUCCAACAACGCCCUGGUGCCGGAUCCCGACAAGCAGGACGACUUGGCAUCUCAGUGGUGGCAGUGGCCCAUCCUGAACGUCGGCCUUCGCAUGUGCGGCUGGGAUGACAACAUUGUCAAGUACUUCCUUCUCGGUAACCCCUUCGUCUACUGGGUCUCCACCGCCUCUCUCGGCCUUGUCGCUGCUGUUGUGGCAUGGUACAUUGUGCGAUGGCAGCGCGGAUUCAAGGAGCUCAGCAACUUUGAGGUUGAUCAGAUUCACUACGCCGGCAUCUACCCCGUCAUCGGCUGGUUCUUACACUACCUUCCCUUUGUCAUCAUGGCGCGUGUCACCUACGUUCACCACUACUAUCCUGCCCUGUACUUUGCCAUCCUCUCCCUGGGCUUCCUUGUCGACUGGGUCCUGAGGAACCGCAAUGCGGUUGUGCAGAGUGUCAUCUAUGGCACCCUGUACACUGUCAUUAUUGGACUUUACGUCCUCUUCAUCCCCAUCUGUUGGGGUAUGAUUGGAAGCAACCAGCAGUACAAGUACCUGAAGUGGUUUGACAACUGGCGCAUCAGCGAUUAA